CCACAGUGACUCCCACUCGGACUCUGACAGUUCCUACUCAGGGAAUGAGUGUCAGCCUGUGGGCCGCAGGAACCCACCCCCCAAGGGCCGCGGGGGUAGGGGAGCCCACAUGGAUCGCGGCAGAGGCAGGGCACAGCGUGGGAAGAGGCACGACCUGGCUCCCAAGUGCAGCCGCAAGAGGAUGGUGGCCCUGGAGUGUGAGGACCCUGAGCGCGAGCUGAAGAAGCAGAAGCGGGCGGCCCGCUUCCAGCAUGGACAUUCCCGCCGCCUGCGCCUCGAGCCCCUGGUGCUGCAGGUGGGCAGCCUGGAGAGCAGCGGGGCUGACCCUGACUGGCAGGAGCUUCAGAUCAUGGGCACCUGCCCUGACGUCACCAAGCACUACCUGCGUCUCACCUGCGCCCCCGACCCGUCUACUGUGCGCCCUGUGCCGGUAAGUGCAGGUGGGAAAGGUGGGUCAACCAUGUGAGCCCAGCUGGCCAGG